AUGAAGGGCAGGUCUGGCAGCUCAACGGUUCAGGCACAAUAUGCUGGGAGGUAGAAGAGGGGACAUUGCUAUAAUGAUUAUGCUUGAGUCCCAACAGCCGUAACAGCGAAGGGAGGAGCCAGCACUGUUUAAAAGUUGUUUGGCAGAUGCUACCUGACAGGAUUCACUGAUUUCACCCCAGGAAACUGUCUGGAGAAUCUUCGUUACACUCCCUCUAUAGAAAGUGCACCAUUCUUUAGGACUGGAUCUAAGAUAGCAUUUUCCCUUGUGGAGGUGCCCAUCGUGACAGCAGCCAUGCCAACAGUGUCCUUUCUCAGACUUGGAACGUGCACGGUGUCCAAAUCCUCCAGGUGUGGUCUCACCAAGGCGAGAUAAUUCUGGUGACCAAUUCCAGGUCCUGAUGGUGAUCACCUGCUGACCGUACUCAAUACACGCAGUCGCAGGACAAGAAGACCUGACAGAGGAUCAUCAGUCAGAAACACGGAACUGACCAGCCCUGUGAUCCUGGGGCAGGAACUUGGGUACUCCGAUACAUCUCAUGUUAGGAGACCGAGCACUGUGAAAUAUCCCAGGACAGGAACAGGCAGCAUGAGAUAUCCUAGGACAUGAGUCUGGUCAAAAUGAUAAAUCCAUGGACAAGAAUCUAGGCACUGUGCUUCAUUGUAGGAUGGCAACUCGGGCAUCAAGAUAGAUACUGGGACAAGAACCCAGACCAUCUGCUAAACCCUAGGCGGAACACGGACACCAGGCCAGAAAUGUGGAGCUGGUGGAACAUCCCAGGACUGCAAAACACGGGACAGGAACCUUCCGUUUCUGGGAAUUUCACUGUCCCCUCUGAGAAAGAGAAUACAGAUCCCAGGAGUACAUUCAGCCUUUCAGAGGAAACGGCGAGCGUUUUACCAGAUAGAAGUAACCGGUCUGAAAAUCUCAGCCCCCCACAAGUUGUGCAAGAUUUGGGUUUACAGGAACACUAUCCUCACGAACUAUCACUAACUUCCAUGCGGGAGGUAUCCUGGAAUAAACUGGAGGACAACAAGCCAACUCGACCAGAAGAUCUUCCUCGUCAAUUUCUCCAACGCAUCCUCUCAGCCAAUCCUGACUGGCCUCCUGCUCAGGCCUUGGAGAGUGAAACGAAUAGUGAUGAAGAGCUUGGUUUUGUUAAUCUCAAGGGGUCAGGAGAUUUUGGCAUUAAUCCUCUGGAUAUCAUUGCUGCCAUUUUCCUCUGUGCCGACCAUUUCCUCCGGCAGGAACUGAUGCUGAAGAUGUCUCUGUGCCAAUUUGCAUUACCCUUUCUGCUGCCAGACGGACACAGUUAUCCCAUGAAUGGGGUGAGGGGAACCACAGAAGGGCCUGGUGCCACCCUUCUCCUCUGGGCAAUGAGGCCCAUUAUUAAAACGUGGUGCCCAUGUUCUUCUACAUUCACCAGUCCCGUUGUGGAGGUGCCCAUCGUGACAGAGGCCGUGCCAACAGUGUCCUUCCUCAGACUUGGAAGGUGCACGGUAUCCAAAUCCAGAGUCCUCAAUCUCACCUUGAGUCAGACACAGCUGCAGCAGAACAUCUUCCUGCACUCCGAGAUGGAAUGUGGGGAUGUGCCUCGUGGGAUAUCCGAUGCAAUGGCUGAGAUCAGCUGGUAUCUACCUUCUGGGAAGAACAACACGGACAUUUUCCCAGAAGCUGCUGCAUUCAUUAACCUCCGAGGUGAUGCUGAAACUUACCAGGGAAACACUAGGUUUCUGGCUAAAGUCUCUGCUGCUCUCUUUAUUUUCAUUGACGUUAUCGGUGAGAAGGAAAGAGAAUUCCUCACCUCUCUCGCACAGUCACCAGCAAAACUCUUUCUCAUAGUCAACUCUCACAUCCAUCAGCAACACAUAACCCCUGAGCAGGCAAAGAAACUGUUUGAAGAUCUAAAGUUACAACCUGAACAAUACAUUGAUCGGACAAAUGUUAAUGAAGCUAAACUUGUAGAAAAACUUCGUGCUCAGAUAAAACAAGUAAUUCUAAUGAGGGGCAGGGACCAGAUCUUGCUGAGCCUGGAGCAAAUGGCAGACAUUGCGAAGGAAAGUGGGGUUGGGGUCGAUGAACAUCAUCCUAAAAUACAACGAGCCAAGGAACUGACCAAAAUACUGGGCAGUCUUCACCCAGGAGACAUUGCUGGGUAUAAAAAAAGAGUGCUUCCCUUUCAUGGAGAGCCCUGGCAAGAUUUGUCUAAAGCUGAGAAAGAGAAGGCUCGGAUGAAACUUCGCAGGGAUCAAACCACAGAGGUGUAUAACAAUGAGCUGGACCAGAAGAAGGAAAGAAUCCGAGAAGCUCAGCUCAGCCAGAGCCUGUCAGAGGAGAUGCGGCUGUUCAUUGAACACCUCACCCGUCCCGGUGAGGUUGACAGAGCCAUUUCCUUACAGUGGCUGAAGCUGGAGCUAGGCAGUAAAUCAAUGGAAAUUCUGGCAGGAUUGCGCAGGCUUUAUAAACAACUGUGUAAAGAUUCAAAGCAGAAGGUCAAGGAGCUGAAGGAGUUGGAUCAGAAGAUGUCUGAUAGUUCCCUGGGUCUCGAGCAUUUCAUGAGGGAACUCGGCCAGGUUUAUGAACUCUCUGUGACACGACACAACAUCAUGCAACAGACACAGAUCCACCCAAAUGUGUCACAAUUGCCAGGUGUUGCUGCUGACCUAUUGCUGGGUGGGUUCCCACUGGAGCUCCUGGAUGGAGAAGUUUCCAAUGUUCCUGUUCCGUGGAUCACUGCUGUACUGACAGAAGUGGCCACAAAGGUGGGAAGUGGUUCCCGAAUGUUGGUGCUGACGGUGAUUGGAGUUCAGAGCACGGGGAAGUCCACACUCCUCAACACAAUGUUUUGUUUAAGGUUUGCUGUGAGCAGCGGCCGAUGUACUCGAGGGGCCUACAUGCAGUUGAUCCAAGUCACAGGGAGCCUGGCCGCGGAGCUGGGCUGUGAGUUCAUCCUGGUCAUUGACACGGAGGGGCUGAGAGCUCCAGAACUCGCAACAUUAACAGACAGCUACGAACACGACAAUGAGCUGGCAACGUUCGUGGUUGGAUUAAGCAAUUUAACGUUGGUAAACAUAGGGAUGGAAAAUCUCACAGAGAUGAAAGAUGUUUUACAGAUUGUUGUUCAUUCCUUAAUCCGCAUGAGGCAGACAGGGAAAGGGCCAAAGUGCAUAUUUGUCCACCAGAAUGUUGGGGAUUUGAGCGCACACGAUCAGAAUCUGAGAGGCCGUCAGAAACUACUGGAACAGCUGGAUAAGAUGACAGAGGCUGCAGCAAAGCUGGAGAAAGUAGAGCGGGUAACGUUCCGUGAUGUGAUGGACUAUGACGCUGAGAAGGACAACUGGUACAUCCCUGGUCUGUGGCAUGGUUCACCCCCAAUGGCUGCUGUCAACACUGGCUACAGUGAACACGUCUCUCAACUGAAGAACUAUCUAAUUCAAUGUUUACUCCGACGGAACCAAUGCCAACGAGCUUUCACUAUCCCAGACUUUAUCAAAUGGAUGGCUGGGCUUUGGGAGCAGGUGAAACAUGAGAAUUUCAUUUUCAGCUUCCAGAACAGUCUGGUCGCAGAGGCGUACAGCCACCUCUCCCUGAAGUACAAGGGCUGGGAGUGGGAGCUCCGCAAAUUCACACACUCCUGGGGAAAUGAGGCUGAAAACAGAAUCAGCAAUGCCACUGGUGAUCUCAUCCAACUGCUCCAAACACUAGAACGGGAGAUCGGGACAGAGAUUAACAAAAGGGAAGCUGACACUCUGGGUAAACUAAAGGAUCUCUUUGAAAGUGGGGCUGACAAUGUGCAUCUAAUGGAGAAAUACAGGGAGGAAUUUAAGCUCAGCAUCUCCAGUUUAUGCAGCCGGCUUCAGGAAAGUUCAAAGCAGAGAUGUAGAGAUGCUGUGAACAGACGUGUGGGACUGCAGGAAGUAGAUGCUACUUGGAACAAAUUUCACAAGAAGGUUGAAGAACAGGUCAAGAAGCUUUUAUGGGAGUGUAAAGGGAGAAAUCAAGUGUUGGGUGACAAGGAACUGCAAUCUGCCUUUGGAAAGAUGUGGCAAGAUACGCUCUCUCAGCUGGACUUUCAGCCCUGCAGACAGAGAAAUGUUGAACUGGAGAUUGAAAAUCUUCUCAGAGAGGACACAAGAACUCAAGGGGGAGUGAUUAAUGAAAGGCUAAGAAGUAAAACUCUCUCUAAACAGGGGACCCAGUACUUUCAGAUGGAAGGGAAACACAUCAACAGGACAGGGAUGAGAAUGAAUAAUAACACGGUCAGCUUUCCUUCUGACCAAUCAGAUCUUGAUCAAGCAGCGAUGAUAACAAAGUCCCUCGAGGAUGAAUGCAGACGUUGGAUCUCUGACACCACAGAAAAGGACAUGGAUUAUGACAAUAAAUAUUGCAUUGAACUCAUGAAAAUUAUAGAGGAAAAUGUUAACAAUAUUUCACAUCCAAACUUUACACUGAGCGAGGUUUACAAGGCUGAGUUCAAACUUCACCUGUGUGGUUACGCUGCACCGAGAUUCCAGCAAAUGCACAUGAGGUUCAUCGACAGUCACAACCCACGGAGAAGACUGGAAAACAUGAGAGGUCAAUACUUUGAUCUCUUCAAGGACAUUUACACAGAGCAGGAUGAGAACCAGAGACAAGCAGAAGUAUUUGCACGAUCGUGUUUCUUGCCAGCUCUCAGAGAUGCCACGCUCAAGAUUCUCAGCAUGAACAUUGUGGAUGAUAUGAAAAAACGUGACCCUGAAGGAAAGUACAGUCUCCGCAACAACUUCACUGUGGUCCUGCUGGUCCACUUGAAACAAACACAUACAUUUGAUGAAUAUCACCGGUAUAUCACUGACUUCGAGAAUUUCGCCAAAGACUGGCUCCAUCGCCAGGUUGUUGAACACUGCAAGGCACAACACGAUGGAGGGAGCACGUUUACCCAUCUGGCUAAAGAAAUCCUCACAGAGAUCACUGGCCAAGCUAAAGGGAUUGUUCAGCAUGCAGUGAAGCAGAAUGUUGCUGGAAAUGCUCAGAGCUUCCUAGACAUGUUUGUUGAAAAGUUAAAGACAAGAAUCUCGAUGCCCAAAGAUGUGAUGAAACUUGUUCUGUUUCAGAGUGACACUGAUGGCAAGAAAUGGGCAGAAGCAGUUCUGCCAUGUAUUAAAGAGGUGGAGCAGAAUCUCCUCCGUGAGGUGAUGAGCUGGGAUGUCCAAACAACGAUUGAGGAAUUAUCCAUUAAACCCUGGGAGGAGCUGUUCAAGGGGUUAUUCAAUUGUACUAAGAAAUGUCCUUUCUGUGGGGUUUUCUGUGACUCAGAGACCCCGGUACACACUCACCACUCUUGUAAGCAGCACAGACCUCAAGGACUCAACCACUAUCGAAGGAGCGACAGUGAACAUCUUGUAAUGGAUAUCUGCACAGCUUCAGUCGCAAGUGAUGUAAAAUUCCGAAAUGAAGACACACAUUGGAAAUUCAAGCCCUACAAGGAUUACCAAACUGUCAAUGAUUACUACAAAUCCUGGAUUAUCCAACGGGAAAUUUCCGCACAGGCAGCAUCCUAUUGGAAGAAGGUUUUCUACACUUUCAAUGAGCAGUUUGCUGAAAAAUACAGAGCAAAACCUGCAAAGAUCAACAGAGCCUGGAACCUGGACUGGGAUGUAGUGAGAGAAGAGCUGAACAAGACGUAUAAUGCAACCAUUCAGUCUUGGUAAUGUCCCUUCAAAGGGCGUUGCUCAGUGAGAGGCAGACAAAGGUAAACUGUCUGCCUCUGAAGGAAAUGGCAGAGUAAAUUGCACGAUAUUAAAAUUCAAAUCUAAUCAUCAGUCUUAAAAGGAUUAGCAGAGCAGAAGGAAUGUUUUCAACUGAUUGUUUAUCAAAUUAAGGAUUAAUUUAUGAAUUAGACCAGAGAAGUGUGAGGAAUAUUUCUGGAGAGAGGCAUCAGGUAUCCAGGGGGGACGGUGGGGAAUGAGGAUCUGGUGUUGGAAGAGGAGAAUAGAGGGAAGGUUGGGGAAUGGGAUGAGGAGGGAUCAGGGGAAUUCCAAAGAGGCAUUGGGGGAUAUUGUGAGGAGGGAGUGAGGGACAGUGGGAGGAGGGAUUGAGAGAAAUGUUUGGGAAGAUUGAGGAGGGAUUGAGGGACACUCAGAAACUGUGAUACUUGGUGACAUUCUAAACGUACAUGAAACAGAAGUAGACCGUUCGGCCCAUCAAGUUGACUCCAUCGUUCAUCAAGAUCAUGGCUGACCUUCUCCAUCAACACCAUUUCCCACCCUGUCCCCAUAUCCCUGAUCUGUCUCCUUCCCAGAAUCCUGUUGACCUUCUUUUGAGCCCAGUCAAUCCCUGAGACUCUACAGCUCUGGGGUAAAGAAUUCCAAAUGAUUCACCAACCUCUGAGUGAAGAAUUUCUCCUCACUUCAGUCCCAAGCAGCCUCCCUCUUAUUCUGACCUCUAGCUCUGGACUCCUCAGCCACAGGGAACAUCCUCCUUGUCUCUCAGGAUCUCCGGAUCUUAUAAAAUCUCAGGAUUUUAUAUCAAUGAAGUCCUGCCUCAUUCUUCCAAACAGCCAAGAGUUGAUGCACAGCCUACUGUCCCAAGAACCAGUCAGGUGACCCUUUGAUGCACUCCCCCUGUGCUAGGUAUACCUUUUUACAGACAAGGGAACUAAAACUUUACCCAGUACUCCAGGUGCAGUCUCACCAAGGCCCUGUAGUGUUGCAGUGAGACAUCAUUCCCCAAAUCCUCUUGCAAUAAAGACCAACAUUUCCUUCUUACCUGCCUGCUGCCUGUGCAUUUUGGCUGCCAGUGACUGGUGUACAAGGUCACCAGGUCCCUUUGAACAUCAACAUUACCCAGUCUCGCACCAUUUGAAACAAUAGUCAGUAUUUCUGUUUUUCUACCAAAGUGGAAAACCUCCCAUUUUCUGCGCUGCCUCCAUCUGCCAUGUUGCUGCCACUCACUUGGUGUUUUUAUCCCCUUGCAGCCUCUUUGCAUCCUCAUCUCUACUCACGUUCCCACUUCAGCAAACUUGGAAAUGUUACCCUCAGGCAAACGACUGAUUGUUAAGAAGUGGGACCCAAGCCCCGAUCCCUGCCUGUAACACCCCAUGAAUCACAGACCAGCAACACCAGAGGGACCCCUUAGUUCCUAACAUUUCCUUUCCCUACAUGCACCAACGUUCAGUCCAUGCUGCUAUACUCUCCCCAAUUCCAAGUGCUCGAAUCUUCUUCUCUCCCCAGUUCCAUGUGUUCUAACCUCAUUCACCGACCUCCUGUGAGGGACCUCAUUGACAGCCUUCCAAAAAUCCAAGUACACCACAUCCACUGGUUCCCCCUUAUCUACUUCACUCAAUGCAUCCUCAACACAACUCCAGUAGACUAGUCAAACAUGAUUUCCAUUUCUUUAAUCCGUGUUGUCUCUGCUUCAUCAUAUGAUUUCCAAGUACCGUUCUCAUGGAUUCCAGCAUUUUUCCAACUGCCAAUGCCAGGCUAACAGUUUGCAGCUCACUGCUUCCCCUCUCCCUCCUCUUUGUACUGGGCUCACAUGUUCCACCCUCCAAUCCACAGGGACAAUUCCAGAACACUGCAAUUUGGAAGAGAGCUGCCAUGAUCUUCAGAGCCACCUCCUUCAAACCUGUGGGAUGUAGAUCAUCAGAUCCUUGAGAUUCAGCAGUUUUCAGGCUCCAGUUAUAUUUCUUCACCAAUGCCAGUUCCGUUUACAUUCCCAGCUGCACUGGACUCUUGAUUCCCCAGCAUUUCUGGCAGGUAUUUUGUGCCUUUGUCCAUGAAGAAAGGCAAAAAACCAAUGUUUAUUUCCUCCGCCAUUUCCUCAUUCCUCAUUAUAAAUUCUCCCCUCUGUCUGUAAAGGCCCCACAUUUGCUCUCACCUGUCUUGAUCCUUUUAUCCACCCACAGAAGUUCUUACAGUCUGUUUGUUUCUCUCACCAGUUCACUCUCAUGUUCUGUUUCACCUCCUCUUGUCAAUGUGUUCAACAGCCUUUGUUCCAAACCAGUCCUCGUUGUCACUGCCUUUCCAAGCCCUUACCCUGACAGCUGACCAUCUUUAAUUUCUCCUGGAAUCCAUGGUUACACCAGAUUUUCUGUGGUGCCGUACUGGAAUGUAAAUUUCUGCCACUGCUCGUCCAUUGUGAUGCUCUUUAAUGUAGUUUCCCAAUCUACCCCAGACAACCUGCCCCUCAGUCCCUCCUACGAGAGAGGCAGAGAGGGGGAAAGGGUCCAUUCAUUACCACUGCAGCUUUACUGGGUGUGGGUUGCGAGUACAACAAUGUCAGCACAGGAUGAACCCCUGACAAGGACUUGGUACACUUCUGUCUUGGCCCUCAGGUGGAUGAGGCUGAUCAGUAUCCUCCUGUGUGAAUAGGCACCCUGUGUGAUGAGCUGAGACCCAGGACAGCAGCAGUGAGAAGAAUGUGCCAGUGUCAACACAGGAACACCACCCUGUUUGCUCCCACUGUGGAUCUCAGGGUUUCAGUGUUGCUCUGUCACUGCUGACUUUUGGCCCCAUGUUGCAUAAAGGUAACAGACCACACGGAGCAAAGAUCACUCAGCAGGAGUGUGUCACCUUCCAUACCACCCACCCAGCCAACCCAUCAACCGCCUCCUGCCCCACCUGUGGUGGUGUCUGCAGAGCCCACAAUAGCCCCCUCUGACCCACAGAACUGAAGUGGGAGCAGAGACAGCCCAAGAGGAGACAGCAGAGUUCACUGGUGUAAAGCGAGCUGCUGGAGGAGCUCAGAGGGCCAGGCAGCAUCUGAGUUCUGGCUCCCUGACCCACUUGAGUCCCUCCAGCAGCUCAUUUCUCUCACUAGGUUCCGGCAUCUGCAGUCUCUUGUGUCUCCAGCACAGAUCACAAGGCAGCUUCAGCAGGCAGUUAAUUUCCUUCAGCAGCUUGGAUAAAGCACUCUGCUCCACAAUCUGACGUCCUGGUUCAUUCACUGAAAGCCAUGUCUAAUGAUCAUCCUCGUUCACACCAUUUCUCUUCAGCUGCUGACCUGCUGACUGUGGGCCUCCUGGUUCAGGGUAAAUGGAUCCAGUCAAGAUCUACACUCCGACCCGGGCAGCACAGGGAAACUCUUUCCCCUCGAAGCUCAGAGCGAAACGCUGCUGUAAUUGUUACAGUCACUGUGGUCACCCUGUCCCUAUACAAGGUCACAAUCUUUGAAUCCCACAUAUUCGGGGAACAAUCCUCUCCCUCCAACAGAGAGAAGGAAGGUCCAGCAGAACUUGCUGUGUCUACAUGCUCACUCUCUGUGUUUUAUAUCAGAGGACACCCAGAUCCCUCUGGACACCAGCAUUCAGUGAUCUCCCCUCAUUUCAAUAAAGCUCUUCCUCUCUUCCUAUCAAAGGGGUUAACCUCACAUUUCCCCACGUUACACUUCACCUGUCAAGUAUUUACCCAGUUGGUUCACCCUUGGCUCCUUUGCAGAGUCUGUGUGUCCUCGACUGACCUGGGCAUUGUUGGCAAGACCAACAUUUAUUGCCCAUCCCGAGUUGCUCCUGAGAAGGGGAUGUGAAUGGCACAGGCUUGUAAUGUGCUCACAGAGUUCCCUGGGCAAGGAACUGCAGUGCAUUUUGUAGAUGGUGCACAUUGAGACAAUAACUGUGUCCGCCACUGAAAUCCAUGUAUGGAAAUUAGAAGUAAUCCGGUGGAGUUCACUUUGUUGCUGACCUGUAGAAGGAAACAGGUAUUUGUGUGUGGACGA